AUGACAGUCAUUCGCGACCAGGUGAAAGCUCAGGCACUGAACUACGAAAUAGACGCCUUGCUGGCCAAGGCUGCUAUAGUGCCUGUCAACCCCCUGCGGGAUCCAGGGGGCUUUUACUCAAAGUAUUUUUUAGUCCCUAAAAAGACAGCAGCCCUGUACCCUCUGCAGGUCAAAGGGUUGAAGAUCCUGCCCUACUUGGAUGAUUGGCUGAUCUGUGCAACCAACACAAGCUCAGGCAGCUGUGGACACACAGAUGGUGCUCGAUCACAUAGAUCUAUUGGGUCUUCAUGUGAACUGGGAGAAGAGCAACUUAAUUCCCUCUCAGGAAGUCACGUUCCUGGGAACUACUAUGAACUCCCUCACCAUGCUGGCUUGCCCAUCGCCACAGCGUGUCAGUGGGAUUCUACAGAUGUUGCCCGCCUUCCUGCCCAGCCAUAUGUGGCUCAACAGCCUGCGGCUGGAUCCGACUUGUGCAGUGCACCAACGCAGGAGGUUGCUGGUGUCCCCUCAAUGCCUCGCUUCACUGGCUCAGUGAACCUCUUACUUUGGGCAGCCCCCUUCUUUGCCAGCCUGAGGGCAGCCCACAUUCCAGGAGUGCGGAAUGGACCGGCAGAUUUUCUGUCUCGGGGACACCCACCACCUGGGGAGUGGAGGCUCCAUCCGGAGGUGGUGAGGGUAAUUUGGGAGAGGUACGGCAUGGCACCUGUGGACCUGUUUGCAUCUCAGGAAACGACACACUGCCCGCUUUGGUUUUCUCGGGCAGGCAGUGCCAGUCCCCUGGGUCAGAACACACUGGCACACAACUGGUCCAGGGUGCUGCUGUAUGCUUUUCCGCCGCUUCCCCUGAUAGACCCAACACUCCUGAGAGUCCUUCAAGAGGGGUAUCAAGUCCUCCUAGUGGCUCCCAUCUGGCCCGGGAGAACUUGGUUUCCACUGCUGCACAGGCUCUGUUGCAGCUCUCCAAUGCCUCUACCCCACAUGAAGGACCUCCUGUCACAAUUGAGGGGUCAGCUCCUGCACCCUGACCCCAGUCGCCUCCGGCUCUGGGCUUGGCCACUAUAG